CAUUGUUUCAGGCAUUACCCAAUAGGAGUCCUUUUUGACAUUUUUGAGAGCGACAUACAGCUCCCUUGGGUGAUAAAUGUGAGAUUUGACAACUUCCCAGAGCAAAAGCUCUUGCACUGUCCUUCCAAGGAGUACGUCGAAUCUCAUUUCCUGUCUUCAUUGAAAAAGGCAGAUGUAAUGAAGCACAAGACACAGAUUGUCACUAACAUGCAGAAGAAAGAUCACCGUCAGUUAUGUCUUGGGCUUCAGAACGACAAGUUUGACCAAUUUUGGGCCGUGAAUAGAAAACUUAUGGAAUCAGGGCCUGACGAGUGUUUUAAAAAUAUUCCGUUUAAGUUGUAUUUCAGGGAAGAACAUUAUGUUCAGAAGCUAGUUAAACCGGUUCACCAGGAGGUGAAAAGAAAAACCUUCGGAGAUUUUAUUAAUGAAGUCGUCCCCGCCUCUGUCGACAUGAGUUCAUUUAAAAUUUUAAUCCACGGCAUUGAAGUGCCACACGAGACUCCUCUCCAGUGGAUGAGCGAGCACCUGAGUUACCCAGACAAUUUCCUUCACUUCGUCAUCUCCAGCAAGUGUAAAUAGUGGAUGUGGAUUUCUACCAACAAUUUUACAUUAAAUUUUCCUAUUCGUGUUCAUUUUAUUUUUAUUGUUAGAUAAUUUAUAUACAGUAUAGAACUGAUUUGUCUUUUGUUUUAAUAUUGAGAGGAAUUUUUUUUAAAAAUUAAUUUAAUUAAUUUUUACAUCAUUUUAACUAAAUGUAUAUAUAAAAAUAAACAAAACAAUUUUGUUGCUAAUAUUAAGUUUUAUAAUCUUACAUAAUCAUGUUUGAGUUUCUUUCUACUCUUGUAGUCAUGUGAAAUAUAUUUUGUAUCGGAACUUAGUGACAAAUUAAAACAUUCACAUUAAAUG